AUAAAUUGCGAUUGAGCGUUGUGUUGUGUUUAUUGUACUGAAAAAAUUUUCAAUUACUCGAAAACACAUGCUGGUUGCCAUUGGACUUUUGUCAUAGUGAAGUGACUCGAGUGUUUUUCUACAGUUGUUAUCGGUUAUCAGUUAAAAUGAGUUUGUUGGCGCGGUUGUCGAAUCCAACUCCGUAGUUCAAAAUUUAACAAUUUAUCGUCGUGAAGAUUACUGUGCAUUGUAAGAAGCAUUCAUAGUAAUCUUUCCAUAAAAAUAUUUCUCUCAAUUCGCGUGUAUAAUUAUCAUGUCAAUAAGUGAAGAAUUACUCUACGUAUAUAACGAAACAACAGCUAAUAACAACGUCGAUAUGAAUACUUAUUUUUGGCACUCGUACGAUAAAUUAUGGGAUUCGUACGCACCUCUACCUAUUUCAUCGGCUGUUUUGGUCGACUAUCAGCCGUGGAUUAUGUCCCUUCUUGGAUCCGUUUUGGUCGGAUUGAGUGGAAUAUUACCUCUACUAGUCAUACCUCUGGAGGAUACAGCUACAUUAAAAACUGGAACCGGAGCUAAAACGUUAAGAGUAUUAUUGAGCUUCGCCGUCGGUGGAUUAUUGGGCGAUGUAUUUCUGCAUUUAUUACCCGAAGCUUGGGGCAAUCAGUAUUCGCCUAGUUCGACCACAUCAAAAACCAAUCAACCCUCUUUAACUUGCGGCCUAUGGGUAUUAGCCGGGUUACUGGCGUUCAUCAUCAUUGAAAAAAUGUUCUCGUUUGAAAAAGACAACGAAGAAGAAGAAGGUGAAACACUAGAAGCGGAUUGCGACUUUGAGAACGAGAAAAACGCUGUCAAAAAAUCGCUCUCUAUUAGACGUAAAAAAAGUAGCUUCAUUUUGAACGAUUUAACGGCUGAAAUAAUCAAACCUUUGAUAAAUGGCACCAUCGCAAACAACAACAAUAAUAAUAAUAACAAUAAUGAUAAUUUGGAAAAAAGUCGACCUUUGGAGAAGAAGCCAUCCAAUAUACAUGUUAGCGGAUAUUUGAAUUUAAUGGCAAAUUCCAUCGAUAAUUUUACCCACGGAUUAGCGGUCGGUGGAAGUUUCUUGUUGUCGACCAGAGUCGGUGUUUUUACCACUUUCGCUAUACUAGUUCACGAAAUACCUCACGAAGUCGGAGAUUUCGCCAUCCUACUCAGAGCCGGAUUUUCUCGCUGGGAUGCAGCUUGUGCUCAAAUCUACACCGCAUCCGCCGGUAUUCUCGGAGCUGUUACAGCUUUAGCAUUUAGUGCCAGUGCCUCAGCUGUUGAAGCGCGUACUUCAUGGAUUCUACCAUUCACAGCCGGAGGUUUCUUGCAUAUAGCGUUGGUUACCGUGUUACCAGAACUGUUGGACGAGAAGAACCCUAAAGAAUCGUUGAAACAGAUGUGUUCAUUGGCUAGUGGCAUAACUGUUAUGGCAUUGCUGACGACUCUAAUCGAAGGCUGAAUCUUGUUUUUCUUUUGAGAAAAGAAAUCGGGAGUCUUAAAUUAUACACCAUCGUAAACCGUAUACUUACUUACAUGUACAUUAAUAGUAUAAACAAGAUUUAAGCCAUUUUGUAAUAACCAAAGGAGCGACACAUCGUGUUAAAAUUGUUUUAUUUUACUUACAAGUACUAUACGUUAAAAAAAAAAAUACUUAAUUUACCCCGUAUGAAUAUUGAUUGCGUACCAUUGAGAUCUUCCUUCUUCCUACUGUAAAAUUUGACUCUGAAUCUUAUAAGAUUCUUUCAAAAUUAUUUACACGAUUGUUCUUGUUGUGAUAGCGACGAUGGUUAAAAAUACACCUACCGUUGAUAUUUUUUACCUACUUAGAGAAACAGGAUGAAAGUGCCAUGGAGGCGUUUAGAAAGGCGUGUUACCUAUUAUUUUUUUUUUCUAAUUUAUCGCGAAUCAUUACGAAUACCGCUUUUGUUUUGUUUUUCGUAUAUUUUUGUGUACAAAUUUACUUAACGUCUUCUGCUCUGUUAACUAGUCUUUAUUGUAUAUUUCUAUAUAUGUUUCGGAAUGGGCGAACUUUAACGCUGGAAUGCGGCUAAAAGAUGUAUUUUUCUAUGUUCAACAGUAUUUUCGCGUGGAGAAAAUUUUCAUUUUACAUUUUGCUGAUGCUCGAAAAGUGCUGUGAUGAUGGCCGAUGAAGAGAAGAUUGGGUGAGAGAAUGAGACGUGAAUUAAAAAAAAGGUUGAGCAAAUUUUAUUAUGUCUAGAAGCGAGUCAAUUUACCGUUAUUUUAAUGGUGCCAUUUAAUUAUUAGGUAUUUUUUUCGUUUUUUUAAAAGUAUUUUAUAUGAUAUUCGAGAAGGAAUAAAAAAUAAUGUUUUUUUAUCGUAAAGUAUGUUUUAAUUCGUUGAAUAUUUUUUUCCCCUCGUGUAUAAAGAAAGAGGGAAAACAUCGAAACGCGUAUCGAUGUUUGUAUAAUUUCUCUUUCAAAUGUAUGUAAAUUCGAGUACAUUUUAUUCCUAUUUUAAAGAAUGUUGUUUUAGCAGUGAGUUUUGUAUGUGAUUUUUUUUCUUUUAUUUUCUUCUUUUAAAAAAAAAUUGUAUUUUGAUUAAAGGCUAAUUGAAAUUUUCAAAUGUUAUGUGAUAUGUACCACUUUUUUGUUUAUGUCAUGUAUUUCUAUCAUGUUAUGGUAAUAUUUUAAAAUAUAUGUAAUUAUUUUUAUUUGCU